AUGGGCCGCAGAGCGGGAGCGGAUCGUGUUGCCUUCCCCGCACCUAUGUCGUCGUUCUUCCUCGACAACGAAUGCUUCAAUGCGGCCUUUACGUUGUACUUCUAUGAACGGAUCCUGACGAUCGAGCAAGAGGUCGGCCUCGUCUGGAAGCAUGCGUCCAGAGGCUUUGUCGUACCCGCUCUCCACGUCAGUAUGCACGUCUGCACCACGCUGUACCUUCUACUGGAGUUCGUGCCGUCGAAGGUCUGCAGUCCCCUCACGGCUGUAUCCAACAGAAGGUCUCACCAGAUUUCGUUCUACAGCCAGUAUAUCGCGACGGUCGCGCAGUUCAGCUGUAUCUGUGCUUUGUAUCUGAUCUGGGGAGGUAUCUCGGCGAUGCGCGUAUUUGCGAUCAAUGGGCGGAACGUAUGGGCUCCGUCGCUUAUCAUGGCCUUGUCGCUCGUGCCUGUAGCCACGAAUGUUGCAGUGUUGGUAGUCAUGAAGUGGGUCAUUCUGCCGCCACCAGACGGCUGUGAAGUAUACACGGUCAUGUCAGAUGCCACAGGUUACAAGUAUGUGUCGUUUCCCCGCUAUCAUGUCGAAACCGCUACCAGGGCCAGUGUCAUCGCAGCCGAUGCGCUCGUACUUCUGGCGACUUGGCGCAACACUUACGGAGUCAAGAAACUUGCACAUGGUCUUAACAUGAAGUCGUCUAUCACGUCGCUUCUUCUGAGGGAUGGCACAACCUAUUUCUGUGUUCUUCUGGCAGUGAACAUCAUUGAUACGGUGCUAUGGGCGAAGAAUCUCACACUCGAGAUCGACAACUUUUGCUUCGUAUUCACCACCAUCCUCCUCUCCCGGUUCUUCUUCAAUCUGCGCGAAGUCGCGCUGGUGCCCGAACUCGACUCAACGUCCUCCGCGUUCUCGGAUUUGCACUUUUCUCGCGCGUGGGGCACGCUUGGCGGAUCUCUCGCGGACGAGACGAGCAGCUCCGAAGGGACCUUGGAUGCAACGGACUAUACUGGCGACUCGGAGACGAUCUUGCCAACUGACGAGGAAGGCAGACAUUGGGAGUUAGAACGGCAGCAGUCCUCCUCUUUAGGUUCUGACUAG